AUGUAUCUGCAGUGACAACUAUACGAGUAUAGUGAAAAGAUCAGUUGAAGAGAUGUAAUUAAUGUGGUUUGAUAUUUCGUUCCUUAUUCAGAAAAACAUUUUCGGGAAUGAAGUAAUAAUUUUGUUUAGAUCUCGAAAAGUAUAUACCGGUGAUAAUGUGAUGGCGAUAUAUGUUUCGAGAUUCUUUAGCGAAUUCCAUAUUGCCGGUUACAAGGAGACCCGUAUAUAAGAACAGUGCUUGAUGUAAGAUUUUCAUUCAUACGACAUAGCAACAUUCUGAUAGGAUAUUUCUGAAACAUUGACGCUGCGAAAACGAAAAAAGUACGCAAAGAUGCUGUUCGAUUAGCCGUAGAUUGAAUUUCUGCUUCAGUAAUGUAAAGAAUCAGAGUAUAUUCCUUGUACUGUGAUAGAGAACACACUGUAGUAAUCUGGCAAGAUAAUACUGUGUAUACUGUUAAAUCUCAGCUAGAUUUAGGAUCUCGCUGUGGCAUCUCCGUAGAUGAAGAUGAGUGGAGAUAUGUUUGACGGAAAAGAUUAUCCGACUCAGUGGGCACUCAAUCCCACUGCCUAUCAAAACAUGAGUAAUGAUCAAGUGGAUUGGGCAGCUUUGGCACAACAGUGGAUAAAAAUGAAAGAGACAGUUGUACCACCAGCACCGCCGCCACCAACUAUAAAUCCUAUAUAUUCUGCAAAUGAUGGCAGCGGUGAGGCACCAAUGGAUAUGGAUACCAAAGAUGACGAAGUACCUCCAGCACCGCCUGCACCAACCAUCAGUGGAUCUGAAACUUGGACUCAAUGGAAUCAGUGGGGUCACUGGAACACUUCAGCAUCUGGAACAGGAAGCUGGGAAUGGAGUGGUGUACCACCACCUGGUGUUACUAUAGGUCCUGAUGGCAAACCAAUCGGACUUCCAACUAUGCCAGUUAUACCACCUGCACCGACAAUAUCUACCACUACAGAUUUUAAUGCGCCUCCUCCUGCUGCACCAUCGUUGUAUUCAUACAACUCGUCACUGUCGCCUGCACAAUCAUACAAUCAGGUUACUAAUUAUUGGUCUGGAGAUGCACCUAACACAAUGACAUCACAGCCGCCUCCUUUUAUGAAGGGUAUGAGGCAUCCAAAUAGAACACCUCAUAUGAGAGUAAUGGAUCCGGUCCGAUGUCGAGAUGAUAGGGAAAAAACACCGGAAGAGGAUACUACUACAACUAUAGAUGCUGCAAAACGGAGACAGUUACCUGCAUGGAUUCGAGAAGGAUUGGAGAAAAUGGAGAAGGAAAAACAAAAAGCUGUAGAAAGAGAGCGGCUAGAGAUCUUAAGGAAGCAAGAGUUGGAGGCUCGCAAGCAAGCAGAGGAUGAAGCGCGUGCAGUGCUCAAUCCUAGCAAGAGUAAAUUUGACUCCGAUUCGGAGAAGGAGACCGAACAGGAUUUUGAUGUAGCGAGUAACAUGCGUGGGCAACAAUCUAUAGAUAAGAGCUAUGAUCGUACCCCGGAUAUCAUUGUUCGGCCGCGAAAGUCACGAUUCAGAGAUGCUGAUUCACCAGAAUCUCACGCGGACGCUGAUGAGAGUCCAACCGCCACGACUAGCGCACUUCCAGCAGUCGCACAAAAACGAUCUUUAGAUGAAAUCUUCCAAGAUGUGAUGUUGAAAGUAAGACGAUCGCUGACGGAAAUACUUUUGGAGGUAACGAACGAAGAGAUUGCCACGGUAUGCAGAGAGGUUUGGAGCCGCGCACGUGCCAAAGUCCCCGCAGGAGAGACCCCCGUCGCAUCCCUCAACAACACGGCCCCUCUUGCUCAGAUCACUCGCAAGCUCGGUCUGGGCAUCUAUGGUGACAGUAACAGCGAAUCCGAGGAAGAGCAAAGCGAACAUGCACAGAUUCAUGAUGACGACAGUGACGAGGAGCUGAAAGAGACAUUGAGACGUCGACAGCAGGCGUUUCGCAAGACGGAGGAGGAAAUCGAGGCGCGUCUCGCUGAGGAGGAGGAAAGGGAGGAGCAACGUAAUUACGAGGAGCAAAACAGUAGACAACAAGAAAAUCAUACCGGUAAUACUAGCUGCCGGGAGUCAGUUGAUGAAAAAGAAACGAUAAAUAAUCAAAGAGAAGCGUCCGAAACUUUAUCGAGCGGCGGGCAAAGUCCACAAACGGCGGCGCUACAGAACGCACCAACGGCCGACGGCCAUCAGCAAGCGACGAAAGCGGGCAGCACCGUAUCGGGAUCGGCCGACUCCGAGUCGAGCAGCACCGAAUCCACGAGCAGCUUGUCCGAAUCGAGCCGCGAGUCUGCCAAGAAACACGACAAAGCGCGCAAAACGAGUAAACAGCUGCAGUCGCAGUCGCAGCAACGCGAGCAGCAACAGCAGCAGGAGCAGCGUAGUUAUCACCAGCGGCGACGAAAAUCCAAGAGCAGGAGCAAGUCGCGAAGCCGCAGACGCUCCACCAGGUCGUCGCGCUCGUCCGAACGCGUGGCGCACAAACGGCGUUCGCGCUCGAGAUCGGCCAAGUCGCGCAAGAACUAUCGUUCGCGAUCCUCGCGUUCCUCCAGUGAUCAUAGAUCCAAGAAGCGUCGCACGCGAUCGCGCGAUCGAAAACGCGCGAGAUCGCGCUCGCGAAGCUAUCGACGUUCCAGGUCGGCGUCUCCCGACGAUCGCAAGAAGUGGUCGUCGCGAUCGCGUUCCCGUAAGAGGAAAUCCCGCUCGCGUUCCAGAGACAGGCGAAGGAACAGUCGAUCGCGCAGCAAAUCGUCGCGCGUAACGGCGAAGCGAAGAGGAUCGCGCUCAAGAUCGCGUGGAGGCGGCAGGGAGAGAUCGCGUACUCGCUCGAGGGAUCGCAGGCGAUCGAGGUCAUAUGUUUCCAGGAGAAGUCGACGACGGAGCAGUCGAUCCAGAUCGCGGGAUCGAAAUAGAAAGUCGCGAUCUAAAUCACGACAGUCGAGCCAUCGCGAUGGUAAGAAGUCGUCACAUCGAUACAGGAAUUGAGCCUGAUCUGCUCUCCUAGCCCAAGCAUCUUCCACACUGGCUUCCUUGAAUCGGCUUCAACGUUUCACUAUGAUUCAGUUCGUCAACAUAUAGCCACUAUUGUGGUACAGUUACAAUUUUUGAAUAUAUCACAUUAAAUUUUCUCUCAAAAAUAGUGUAUUAUAAAUACGUAUGAUAUAUAAUAAAUAGCAAUACUUGAGGUA